UUAUUCUUGUUGUUUUUUGUUUUGAGCUUUGUUUUUCAAUCUUAGUUUUUUGAAAUUGGUAUAUAAAUUUAUUAUUAGAUUAAAAAUUAGCAUUAAUUUAAGGACAACUUUCUUUCUUGCGGAUUUUCCCUUUGGAUUUUUAUAUGCAGACUUUUUUACUUAUGAUCUUCUUUUGCGGAUUCUUACUAAAAUUUUUAUCUUGUUAAGCAUAAACUAACAUAUUUUCAAGAUUCUAUAAAAUAAUUCUACGUCUUUCUACCUAUAAUGAUAAUUCUUUCCUCUUCAUUUUUUCCUUCAUUCAUCUUGAUUCAAAAUCUUUUCUUCAUUGUUGUUGUUCAAUCCCAGCAAAAACAAUUUGCACCGACUAGGCCAAAAUCUCAACAAUUUAAUCCCCCUCAACAACAAGCCCAAAAGUUUAUGAGUGCCCCACAAUGUAGAUGUAAGGAUUUGGAUGAAUGCGCGGCGGAAAUUCAAAAAUUGGUGGAGAAAUGUAAAACGGAACCAAAAUGUGAGGCACAUUUAAAGAAGAUUGGUAAUGUCCAAAAAAUUCGUCAAUGCCUGGCUGAUGAACAAAAACAAAUGGAAAAGCUGGAACAAUGCGUAGAGAAGAAAGUUGGGGGCCCAAUUGGAUGCACUAACGAUCUACAUCCAAAAAAUUUAACCGUUCCAAUAAUUCCGGAAAUGGAAAUGAUGGAUAAUAGGAGGAAAAGAAGUUUGUUGCUUUCUGAAAAUCCUGGGAAAUUUUCUGGUUGUUCUCCGACUUUGCCUGAAUUGAGGAAUAAAAGAGGGACGUUGCCUCCAUUGCCGGCUACUCAAGAAGCUGGACACGCUCCCCCUGAACUUAGCGACUUUUUAAUGUGUGUGGAUCAGUGUGCUGUUAAAGCUGCCUCCCCAAACUCGGCACCGAAACUGUGUGCAACUCGGGAGGGGAAUAUGAAUUGUGCUUUUAAAUUGAAGUGUGCACUAGCUCCUCCCGAUGACCGCCAACAAAAAGCUUUCGACGACUGCGAGCAGCAAAUGCAAUUUACCCCACCUAAAAGGUUAAAGAAAUCUUGUGAGUGUCUUAAAGCGGCUGGAGUGAAAAUUGUCUGUCCAAAAUAA